AUGGAGAUACUUUGGCCAUCCUCAAAAUCACCGCAAAAACGCUGCUCGGACUCUGUAGCCGAUAUAGCAGACCGAUCUGCAGAUAUGUACGAACCGGAGAGCAGCGAUGACGAUGGAGCAUUGGAAGAAGACGAAGUUUUUGCCCAGUUUGGUGAAGAUAAUGCUGUUUUCACCUGUGAAGUCGACGAGGAUGGAUUGGAAGUCAGAAAGGUAGAUUUCUCAUUCUCAAAACUUCCUAGGUAA